AUGGUCGAGCAUGGCAGCACUCCCCUCUUGCAGAGCGUGCGAGAACUGGCUGACUGGCCAGCUGCUUUGGUGCAGACGAUGCAGCAGAAUCCAAAGAUGCUGUUUCGCUUAGAGCAGGCUGUAGGCCGUGGUGUUGUAGGACACACGGACUUUAGUGGCCGACGCUGUUCAGAAUCGGCCUUGAACAUGUCCUUCGUUGCCCUGUUGACAGCUGGAUGUCAAGUGCCAGACACAAUCCGGUGGCACAGGAGCUCAGACAUAGCCGAGCAUUGCCAGCAGAUUGCUCUAGAGACCCAGCAUCCUCCUGAUCAUGUCUUCGGGAGCCUCCAGUCCCGAGUUUCUGCGGAACAUCUUCGGGCAUUGGAAAGGAUGCGGCCUGAGAAGACAGCGACACCGUCCCAGAAGGCUUGUGCGUAUGCGAAGCAGUGGCAGUACCUCCAAAGUCACCUGCAUGACUUGCAUUGCCAUACAAGCCCAUGCCUCAAACCAGAGUGCAGAGCCCGAGGACAUGCUUGCCCGCUCGUGUUCGAGAGCGAGAGAUGCCACUCGACGCGUGAGUUGUCAUUGCUGGUGGGGGGAUCCAUGUGUACUCCGUGGAGUCCAUUCGGUCUCCACGAAGGGCUAGCCUCGGAGCAUAGUGAGUCCAUGUCAAUCUUCAUAGCGCAUGCGAAAAGUGCAAACUUUGACGUCGUGACUCUGGAGAAUGCUGCAGCUUUCCCAAGGGAUCUGCUACCUGAACGCAUGGGUUCCAGGUUCUUGGUUCUGCAGGCAGCCUUUGGACCUGAAGACCUCGGCUGGCCCUGCAGGCGGCGACGCCUUCUGCAAACUUGCAUCAAUUUGAGCAGCCACGUCUGGGUGGGUCCGGCGAGCAAGGAUGUGGAAAAAGACUUCCUGAGAAUGUUCUGCCAGUCCACAUUUUGCCUCGGAGAUGUUUUCCUGGGCCAGUGCCCAGGUGAAGAAUACGAGAGCAGAAGAUCAUUGGCCCGGAAGCGAGGGCUCCACCUUCCAGAAAAGUGCACAGGUGCUAUGGUCCCUGCAGAGAAGAUCCUAGCGCCAGGAGCAGCCGACUCCUUGCAGAAGUACAGGGAGUUGUGGAUGGCCUUGCCGCCUGACAGCGACAUGGCACGAUGCUGCAUUGUAGACCUCUCCCAGAGCAUGGAAAGAAAGAGGAUGUCAGCGCUGGUGCCCACCUUGCUCUCCUCCACCCUACUCUACUCGCUCACAAGCGAGAGGUUCUUCGUCAAGCACGAUCUCGAGGCAUCCCAGGGGUUUCCUGUUCCGGGAACAGCAGCGUACGAGAGGUAUGCAGGGUGCCUGGCUGUGGAUGAAGGCAGCAUGAGCGAGUUGCCAGAGCAGUUGCAACGAAGCCUCCUAGGGAAUGGCAUGCAUCUCACUGCCAUGUCAGCAUGGCACAUGUACAUUUUCGGGAACAUCGUUCGCCGAGAUCGAUUGCAGCCAUCGCCGUCUGCGAGUAUGAGGCUUUCCUUCAACAAGGGCACGCUGGCAGUGACAAGGAGAGACAGCCCAGUUGAGUCACAGAACUUUAAGAAGCAGCCGCCGAAGCGGUCGACUAGCUUCCAGUUCGAAGACAUCGGCAUGAUGUUCAAGAGGUUUGCGAGUGAGUUAGUUCGCGACAGCGAGUCUGGAAGACUCGCCGUUCACGCUGAUGCUGGAGCCAGAGAAUUCCGGUGCAAGAAGAUGAACUUUCACCCGUGUGCUGCUAUGGAAGACUUGAGUAGCAGCAUCUCGCCCACCCACUCGGAUUUCCGUUCCUUCCUUGUGUCCGUGACGGGCAUACACCUGGGCAUGGACUCCUCAGGCCCCACCCACUUCCAGUUCGACACUACCACGCAAACCUUGGUAACCCAGGACAAGCGAGAGGCAGAAGAGGUCAAGCCGAAGACCAAAGAAACAGCGAGCAACAACAAGAACAAGACCUGCGCCGUCUGUGAGGAGAAGGCUGAGCCGAAGAACGCCUACUGCUUGGACCACAAGAGGGCCUGGGACGUGCUGUACCGGCAGGCCAAGGAGCAGAAACAAGAUUGCGGACCCAAGUGGAUCGCCUGGGUGGAGGUCUUUGGGGGGUCCUACGUCGAUCCUGAGUCUGGCGAAACCGUGGAGGAGAACGGAAACGAAGAGCUGCAAGCUCAAGUGCUGUGUGACUACUGCCGGCAGUUUCCAGGGGGGAGGCGGGGCCAGAAACAAAGGGGUAGCCUCGACCUCACCCACUACAGCAGGAAGAGGGGCGCGCGAGCCGAGAAGAACAGCGUCUCCCAGAACCCGCUCUUGGACUAUGAGCUGUUUUCCGUCAAAAUGGCCACGAAGAGAAAUUGGACCAAGCAGAAGGCGACAGGGCGAAAUAAGAGAGAUGAGGGUGGCCCGGCCCACUCACGGCUGCGGCUGGAAAUCCCCGCCUUUUUGCUAGGCAAGGACUUCUACGAGAACAAGCAAUCCUCAUACCAGGAGCGAGAGAUCGAGCAAAGAGGCAAGGAGAGAAAGAAUGUGAGCCAGGAGGAAAUGGAUCAGAUCGCGGAGGAUUUGGCAAAAGGCCUUGAGGCUGAGGGGCAGAAGGAGUGGACCGCCGCUUUGCCCAGCAGCAGCAUCUUUGCCACUGCAACGGGAUCCGGCGGCAGCGAGGACAGUAGCACCGCGGCCGACUUCUUCAACUCUCGGUUCUUGCAGUCUGAUCGACGCCAGAAGGAUUUCGAGCCACAGGGCGCUGAGAACAAGAGGGUGCCUGACAAGCAGAACCCCGAGGGCACGAACGAGGACACCAAGAGGCGAAGGGUGGACUUGGGCUCCAAGCGCAACAAGAUCAGCGCCGACAUCACCCGCGACGUUGAGGUUGUGCCCGCUUGCAUAUGCAGGCUGCGGACCCUCUUGGCCGAUGGCAUGGACCAGCUUUCGGGUGCUGUCGAAGCCGACGGUGACUUUAAGGUCGAGUGCGAGAUGAGAGUUGCGGCAGGCUGGGCAUGGUGCGGUGCCUCCUUCCACGCCGGUGAGAACAAGUACGUGAACCUGACAGCAGAUGUGGAUCACCAAGCGUUCCUCAAGGAGCAGUUGCUGAAGAUGGCCUUUCCAAUCGUUAGCGACAAUGAUAUGUGGGCCCAGUCCAACUUUACAGCCAAGUUGUCAGAGGUGAAGCUGGCUAAGACUGUGGAGGAUCUGGACGAGAAGGCAAAGUUGCUUGAAACCCAGAAAGAGUUGACCGGCGAGCUGAUCGCCAGCGUGCGGGUCGCGGUGACGGACCUGAAGAAGACGAGGACCCGACGUGAGAAGGAGGCAAAGAAGCAAGAGGAGAAGGACAAGCAGAAGCAGGCAGCCGAGCAGAAGCAGAAUGAAAGCCAGGCUGCAGAGGAGCAAAGGCGAUCCGUCCAGUUGUCCAUGAUGGCCAUUCCCUUCAGAUUGGAUGCGGAUCUGUUCGAGCCCGUCAACAUGUUCGAGAAGCUGGAUGCCUGGCUUGCCAGCAAUGAAAAGUGGGAGAAGCCGCACAUCCUGGAGGCCCAAGACAUCCUUGAUCAGGCGAAGGCGAAUGAGACGCUGUCUGGCACUUUCCAGAAGUGGCUGGCCACGUAUACGAACCAAGAGAUCAGCAUCAAAGAGAGAGCCGUGGCAGCUCCGAUGAGCAGCUCCAUGGGAAACGAGGUGAUGCUGAAGAUGUUCAUGGACCCUGUGGACAAGUGCUCAAUUCACAUGGUGCGCCAGAAGGAUUUGGCAGACGCGAGCCGCUCCAGGGCAUUGUUGGGUGCCGUGUCGUUGCUUUGCGGCCGCAAUAAAUCAACAAGCUAUAUCCCCUAG